AUGGCAUAUUUCCAGGAACAGGAAACCGAUGAAGACGCGAGUUACGACCCGAACAUUGAGGAAGAUGAGAACAUUUCCAAACUUGAUGUUCUUCGAUUUGAAGGUGCCGAUACAAUCGUCUUCAUCGACCCUCCAUCAUACGUGCCCAACCGGUCAUUGCAACCACAGUCUGAAGCGUCUAUUCCCCAUUAUGUUCACAGCCACACCCUCUUGGACACAAAGUCUCCCUAUUUUACGAAACUCUUUGAUCCGAGAAGACAAGCUCGCAUGAUCAAGCGUUCUGAAUUUCUGGGAAAUCUACCAGAUGGCAUUAAAUACGUUAUUAACCUCACUCCCCCCUCAACGGACGACGAGGCAGUGGCGUUCACCACUGAACUAUCUUGUCCAUUAGGUAUACGGACUUGGACCCGUGAAUUAAGCCGUUUGGAUUUACCUGUGGACUGUGUUGGCGGCGAAGACGAAGGAAUCGAAACUGAGGGUGGUAGUAAGAAAUCGGCUCUUCCUUCCGAGUAUUCGGAUUCUCGUCACCGCACAGGUAUCGUACAUAUCCUGCAAGCUCUAGGAGGAGUUAACCCGUGUCUUGAUACGCCUUGCAAGCUUUGGACCUUCUUUGCUCUGGCCAAGGUGUUUGGUAUUGCCACCAUAGGGCACAUCAAAAUCCAUAUUUUGACCUGGCUGUAUGACGGUACAAAUGCCUGCUUUAUUGAACUUCAUCCGGAAAUCACCUACCGAAUUGCCCGCGGAAUUGAAUGCGACUACCUUUGCCAGGAUUCUUUCACUGUUCUGGUGGGAGAAGAAGCUUUGUUACGCCUGGCCAAUGCGGGCAAACCUCCCAGACUCCAAUGGCCAGAGGUGACAUUCCACGGCCGACAACGCGAACCUUUGGAUGAUGAAGAUCGUCAACGGAUCGAGUAUGCGAGCCAGAGCCUUGUGGACCGUAUUCUCGAAGAAUUUAUACAAUUGACGGGCUCACAAAUGGACUGGCUCCUGCAGCUGCCGUCCACAAUGAUGAUCUCUCGCCACAUCGAUGACUGUGCCGAACAUUGUUCAUUGGCAUCAGAUUUACUAUCCUCGCUCAAGCUAUAUGUGCGGGGCCACAUCGUGGCCAAUAUGACCAGAUCCGUUGACACUCGGUCCUCAAGGUUAAACCAUUACAUUGAUCCCUGCAACUACCCAGAGCAUGAUUACACCAAUUCUUACAAGAAUAUGCGUUACGUAGAACGCAUCAUCAGCAAGACGUUCUGGAGAACGGUCAGGGGUGAGGGGUAUAGCGACUGUCUCCGAAAGCCAGAUGAAAAAUUCCGAGAUAUGACAAUCGCCGACCUGGGCGGACAUCUCCACCUUUUCCAGUCUGAAAAUGAGGCAAAACUCUCAUAUGUUUCCUUGGAAGACAUUCUGCGGGCAGUCAACCAGUUCAAUAACCACGUUGACUUUGAUAGCCCAAAGUUUGUCCAGCGUGAGUGGGGUGGUGGGGACAUUUUCAUAGAGAAACGAGGUGGGAGUCUUCCAGAUCUAGAUUCUGACAUUGAGACCGAUGAGACACCUGAAGAAACUGCUACCGAAAGCUCCAUGGCAUCCGUCUUCGAUCCAAUCGUCUUCCUCCAGCAGGUGCGCACAAGUUUGGGCGAUCUCACCGAGCGCAUGGCAAAGGGUUGCAGACAAGGAGCGCAUUUUAAACUCACCGACACCAUCACCUGUCUCACCAACAAUGAGUUUAGAUACCUUCCGCUGUGGGCGGGUGGUGAUGAUGAUGGAUCCGGCGGCGUUUUUACAGAUCAAGGCAUACCUAAUCUCGAGACGGGCGGAUUCUCCAUGCCAGGACCUGCAAUCCACACAGGAAGUACUGCCCCCUCGACCACUUCCUACUCCAAUAUCGCCCCGAGCGAGGGUCAAAGUACAGUCCAGUGUGCGUCCCACAAGGCCACGGGAAGCCAGUGGGCGGACGUCGUCAGCUUAGUCUCCUCAGAGGGGCACGCAAUAGAAGAUGAAAGCUACGGACCAACCCCGGAUGAGAAGCGCGAAGACACAGAAGAUACAUUCAUAGACAUGGACACAUCAGCGGACGACUUCGAGGACUACUUCGAUACUGAUAGCGAGGACAAUGACACGGUGAUUGUGGGCACACCGAGUCAGAGUGACCCGAUUGAGGAGACUUCUGAAUUGUUGGAACACAUGUCUCUUGAGAUGGAAGCUGGCUCAAAGUGA